CAGGACUGCUCUCCUCCCACCGCCCCUUCACCUAGCAUGGGCUGCUCCGAUAAGCCAGCCAGGAAUGCGAGCCGCCGAAGCCACGAGCAAGCAACAGGAUUUCGCAGGGGAGCCCAGGGCGGCUGCUGCUACUGAGCUGGGGUGGGGGGGUGCUGCUGCGGCUGCCCCUUUAGCCCUUUCUUCCAUGCUCCAGCUUCCCCGCACUUCCCGGACAAGAAAGCAGUGAGGAAGUUCUGCAAACGGUGCCUCUGUUUUGGUGGGCAGUUUCGGCAGUAAAGAAGAGCCCCCGCGAGUCCCCAAGCCAGGUUCUGGCGGAGACGCCCCCCCAUGUUCAGACGUUCGCAUCUCAAAAUACUACUUAUUGGGAAUUCGGGGGUAGGUAAGUCAGCCCUGAUGAACCAGUAUGUUAACAAUCGCUUCAGCAGUCGCUACAGAGCCACCAUUGGGGCCGACUUCCUUAGCAAAGAAGUACAUAUAGAUGGACGCACCAUGACUGUGCAGAUCUGGGACACAGCUGGGACAGAAAGGUUCCAAGCAUUGGGGACUGCCCUUUACCGGGGGUCAGACUGCUGCCUCCUUGUCUUUGACGUCACAUCUUCCAAUUCUUUCGAAGCCUUGGAGAAGUGGCACAGGCAACUCCAAUGGCAGAUUGAGCCAGGGGAAGAAGCCACCUUCCCUGUUGCUGUCAUUGGGAACAAGACUGACUUGAAGAACCGUGAGGUCACUUCAGAGGAAGCUGAAGAAUGGAGCAAGCUUCAUGACGCCAACUACUUCGAAACCAGUGCCAAAGCAGCCACCAAUGUACAGGAUGUGUUUGAGUGGGCCAUACGGGCUGUACUAAAGACUCGCAAGGCACCUGAACAGCCACAACUUGAUUCAGUUCAUCUGGAGACCAAUCCACCAGAAGGAGCACCUCGGCAGAAGUGUAGCUGCUGAAGAGUCAAACACAGAUGGGAAGACACCUUCUUUUUGCAUAUAUUUGCACGGCUGUAACCAAGAGCAGGAGCAAUAUGCCGCAGGACUCAGAUCCCAAAGACAUCCGGCAAGGUUACAGCAUAUAGCUUGUGUAGCUGGACGCCACAGUCCAUGCAUUUGCUCCUCUGGAAGAGGCAGCCUACUAGAUGAGAUGGUAACUGCGUGGUAUUCUGGGCUGCUUGCAUCGCAUCCAGGUACCUUGGAAAUAAAUCUGAAUUCCUCGCUUGCAAUUUUUCCAUGGUAGAAACAGCUAUAUCCCCAGCCCUCCCAGAAGGAUAAAUUAAGGCUCUUCUCCCAAAGUUGACCAGACUCUCCUAAAAGAGAGAGGGUGAGAGAUCUAAUUUCACAAGCGUCAAGUCUGGUUUCAAAAAAAAAAAAAAAAAGGUCUUUAAUUGUUCAAAAUAGCACAAAAACGACAGAUACGCAGCACUAGGGGAUGAGGGGAGGGGUGGAUAGCCAUGGGAAACUCCUAUGAGGGCUAUUCCUGUCUCAAUGAAAAAUAAAUUGGCUAAGAGGUAGCAAGGGCAGGAGGAAUCUUAGGGUCUGAACAGGAAGGGGGGACACAGCGAAAUACACUAUAAUACAAAAGACCAGGGCACAGAGCAAGUGGGGGUGGGGAGGAAGAAGAGGUCUGCUCCUGGUUUUUCUUCUUCUUUAA